AUGUCGUUUGGCGGCUUUGGCAACAGCAACAACGCCUUUGGUAGCAAUACCAAUAAUACCACUGGUGGUUUCGGUGGCUUUGGCGCGACCAACAAUACCAACACCGGUACAGGAUUCGGCGCGAACACGAAUAACACCACUGGUGCCUUUGGUGCCACCAAUAAUACAGGUGGUGGUCUAUUCGGCAGCGGAGGAACGUCCACAGGGUUCGGCGCAAAUACGACCGGUGGCUUUGGCACCAACAACAACGCUGGUGGUUUUGGAGCCGCGAAGCCUAGUGGUUUUGGUGGUACCUCUGCAGCUGGUGGUGGCAUGUUUGGUGGUACUUCUACCUCAACUUCCGGUGGCUUUGGCGGCUUUGGUGUGACCAACAACAAUAAUGCGUCAACGUCGAGUCCCUUUGGCGGCGGUGGUGGAGCGGGAAGUUCUCUCUUCGGCAAUACCAACAAGCCUGCCUUUGGGACCACCACGACCGGCACGACUGGUGGCCUCUUUGGUAGUGGUGGCAACACGACUACCAGUACCCCAUCUACCUUUGGCGGCUUCGGUAAUACAACCAAUAAUCCUGCCAGUACAGCCCUGGGCCCGGUUGGGGACCCUCCUGGUACCGCCGGUAUAACGAAUUUCCAGCCCAUUGUCGAGAAAGAGUCGACUACCAGCAGUGCGCAAAACUCAUUCCAGAACAUUCUCUUCCAAGACCCGUACAAGAAGUGGUCUGCCGAGGAGCUGAGACUGGCCGACUAUGCCGGCGGUCGUCGUUAUGGCGGGGCUUCUGGAAGCACCUUUGGUGUUGGAACCGGUUUCGGUAGUUUCGGAUCUGGCAACCAGCCGCAGGCCACGAACACUUUCGGAAGCACGAAUACGAACACUGGUGGAGGAGCACUAUUUGGCAGCGGCUCUACAGGGUUUGGCCAAACCAAUUCCAACGCAGGUGGUCUUUUUGGCGCCACUACUUCGCAGCCUGCGCAGCCAGCACAGUCGGGUUCCCUGUUCGGGGCAACGGGAACUACUGGCUUUGGCAACACUGGAAACACCGGGACUGGGGCAUUCGGAGCAUCGAACACCAAUACUGGUGGCUCCUUGUUUGGAAACACCAGCACUCAGCAAAACAAACCCGGCUUCAGCUUUGGCAACUCGACAACGAACACGAGCACGGGCGCAUUUGGAAGUGGCACUGGUGGUUUUGGCCAGCAGAACCAGCAACAGCCUGCUGCUGCUGGUAGCCUCUUUGGCAACACCGCUACCGACACCAAUACUUCUCAGAAUACGGGAGGUAGUCUGUUCGGAAACACUGGCCAACAGAACACCGGUGGUUUCGGUACUAGUGGCGGCUUCGGCCAGCAGAACCAACAACAAACUGGCGGCAGUCUCUUUGGCAACACUCAGCAAAAGCCGGCAGGUAGUUUGUUCGGCAACAGCAACACCACUACCGGAGCGACUGGCGGCAGUCUCUUUGGCAAUUCCAAUAAUAACACUGGUGGUGGUGGCUUCGGCCAGACGAACACCAAUCAGACUGGAAGCCUCUUCGGAAAUAAGCCCGCGACUGGUUCUACUGGGAUGUUCGGAAACACUGGUGCGAAUCAGAAUACCAAUACUGGUGGUAGCUUGUUUGGCAGUCUGGGUCAAACUAAUCAGAACCAGCAGCAGCAACCUCAACAGAGUUCAGGUCUGUUUGCCUCCCUAGGACAAAACCAACAGAAGCCAUCCAUGUUCGGCAACAGCACGCAGGCCACAGGAGGUGGCCUUUUCGGCAACCAACACAAUCAGCAGUCAGGUUUCGGGUCUUCGAUGCAGCAGCAGCAACCGCAGAACAGCAUGAUGGGUAGUUCUCUUUUCGGGAAUUCCCAAGGUAACCAGUCAACGCCUCAAUCAUUAACAGCAAGCAUCAAUGAUCCUUCGGCAUAUGGUUCUCUGUUCGCCAACCUAGGUGCCAACGAAACUGCUAAUCCGGGACCUCUGGCAACGCCAACGAAUAAGAGGCAGUCUAGGCGACCCUCGAUUCUCCCCUACUACAAGCUGAACCCUGCAUCCGCCUCCCGCUUUGUCACUCCGCAGAAACGUGGAUAUGGCUUCUCCUACAGCACGUAUGGAACGCCAAACAGCCCCUCGAGUGUGGCGAGCACCCCGGGUACGAUGUCGCAGAGCUUACUUGGAGGCAGCCUGUCGCGCAGCCUCGGCAAGAGCGUUUCGACUAGCAAUCUCCGACGCAGCUUCAACGUCGAGGAUAGCCUGCUUGCGCCAGGCGCCUUUUCAGCUAGCUCCGGCCCCAGAUUCUAUGGCAAUAACAGUGUCAAGAAAUUGGUCAUCAACAAAGAUCUACGUAGCGAUCUAUUCUCGACGCCUACCAAGGACAAAGCGUCGUCGGACGCUCCAAAUGGCGCUCGGAAGUUGAACAAGCGGGUGAGCUUCGAUACGAGCAACGUGGAAGCGAUUGAGGAUGGAGAGAUUCCUAAUGGCUCACGCAACUCUACGCCAAGCGCAGAGCAACUGGGUUAUGUCAGACCAAAGACCACUAACGGCGUGAAUGGCUCCAAAUCCGAUCACUCAUCAUCUAUCCCUGAAAUGGAGCAAGUCAAGGGCAACGAACUUGCCGUCGUGCAUGAAGAGGAAGCUGCGUCUCCUCCCGUUCGAAGCUCCGCCACACCGCUGGGUGAUGGCGAGCCUGGUGACUAUUGGAUGACUCCCACGAAGGAGGAGAUUCAGAACAUGAACAGGGUCCAACGCCAGAAGGUUGCUGGUUUCACCGUGGGCCGAGACAACGUUGGCUAUGUCAGGUUCAAGGUCCCGGUUGAUCUGACGUUCGUGGAUAUCGAUGACAUCUUGGGCGGCAUCGUUAACUUGGAACCUCGUACAGCAACCGUUUACCCCAAUGCCGCGAAAAAACCGGGCGUUGGCAAAGGCUUGAAUGUGCCCGCUCUGAUCACACUCGGGAAUGCCUGGCCUCGUGCCUCAAGAAGAGGGAAGGUAACCUCAAUCAACAAACAUGUUGAGCGUCUCAAGCAGAUCAAGGACACAAAGUUCGAGAACUACAACUCGGAGACUGGCGAGUGGACCUUUUCGGUCGAACACUUCACUACGUACGGUCUUGACGACAGUGAUGAAGAGGAUGAAGAUGUUCAGCCUGGGCCAUCUGAUGACUUAUCGGCAUCCCAUGCCUCGAACAGAGACGCAUUUGCACCUCCUUCGCCAGUGGUCUCGGACUCGGGCUUUCAUCACGAGGACGGUGUGGAGCACAGAUCGAGUCGACUCAGCCUCCCCGGUGCCUUCGAAGAGGCACCAUAUGAGAGCGAGAGCGACGAAGCGGAGAUGGCAGAGGCGAACGGACGUCGGCCGUCUUUUUUAGCUGAUCGCUCCGCGGGUUCUGCGUCCAAGACUCUUGUUCCUAUGGAACAAGAUGAUAUGGACGAUGAAUAUGAGAUGUCUGAGGCAAACGAAGAUGCGAGUGCUUCCCUUGGACACCAUCACGCCGCGGAGCAGGACGAAAACUCGUUCGAUGGCAGCCAACUAGACAUUGGACACGAGACGCCAGCAGGAAUCAUGAGAGCUAGGAUGCGUGCUAUCAAGAGUUCCGCGACCCCACUGAAGGUGCAGGUUGCGGCUGGCGACGAUUGGAUGGACAUGCUCAGCAAGACCAUCAGCCCUCGGAAACGCGACCGGGCACUGCUGCGAAGUAUGCAUGAGGCGGACAACUACGCAAUGGGGAAGGAAAGCACACGGGAGAAGUCGCCCAUGAAGAAACGUAUUGUUCCAGACGGUCGUGGCUUUGCAACCAGCAUUGACCUGAUGAACUCUCUGUUCGAGAAGGCAAAGACACCGGCAGAAAACCUGCAGGCUUCCGUCCGGCCCAAAGGCGUGAAGUGGCCCUACAAGCGCGUUACGAAGCACUUGGAUGAAGCUGAAAUGGACGACAGUGAUCGAGUCUGGCACGACACGAUGCGUCCUACCUGGGGACCCAGCGGUACACUGGUCUUUGCCGCCACCCCAGCCGCUUCUCCCUUUGGCCGAUCAAGUCGCAUUACCGAGAAGAAUGGUUUGAUGACCGUCAUGAAGGAUGGUAUCGUAUCCGAGUCUCAGGACAUCCGGAUUGCCAAGUUCACGAAUGAGAUGUCUGCCAAAGCCAUCGAUGCUCACUCGAAGCUAGUGCAGGUCCACCUCGUCGGCGAUGUUCCAACAGUUCGGUUGAACUCUAAGACCAGCUUCAAGGACUUCUCCGUUGGAACGGGAGCAAAGAACGCGGCCGAGGAGCAUGAGAAGCUUGUGUGGGACCUUGCCAGCGUUUUGUUCGACGACAUCAAGGUCCCCACCGACAUGCAAGACGAUCCCGACGCCCAUGAGAAGCUGCGGCGUGAAAGCUUGUCCCGACUGUGGGAAGGUAUGGUAGAAGGUCGCACGAACAAAGCAAUUGCGAUGGCAGGUUCGAGUGAAGAGAAAGCUCUGGCUUCUCUGUCGGGUCAUCGUGUUGCGGAGGCCUGCAAGCAUCUUCUCGAAGGCAAGAACUUCCGUCUUGCCACGCUGGUCUCCCUCAUUGGAACCAAUGAGGUUGUCAAGAAGGACAUGAGAGAGCAGGUCAAGGAAUGGCAAGAGGCGAACGUACUCUCUGAAUUCGCACAGCCGAUUCGGGCGCUGUACGAAAUGCUCAGUGGGAAUGUCUGCGCAUGUGAAGGGAGCAAGGGCGCGCUGGAAAAUCGCAUGGAGUCCUUUGUCAUCUCGGAACGGUUCGGUCUUAAUUGGCAGCAGGCGUUCGGGCUGCGACUCUGGUACGCCACGUCGAUGGAGCACAGCAUUGCCGAUGCGGUUGAGAAGUUCAAAGAGGAUGUUGAACAAGACAAGGAGUUGCCACCCACAACGUGGUUCCUUGAGAAUGGUAUCAAGAGCAUCUGGAACGAUCCUGAUCAGUAUCACCGAGAAGACCUGUUGUGGGGUCUUCUUAGACUGUACUCGGAUGACAGGGCUGACCUCGAAGCGGUUCUGCGACCUGAGAACUCGCAGCUCUCACCCCUCGACUACCGUCUAACCUGGCAACUGGGACAAGCCUUGACAUCCAUUGGUCAGGUCUCAUUUGGUAGGAACGCCACAGAGAAAGCUGAUGCGGUCACUGUUUCCUUUGCCGCGCAACUGGCCAAUGAAGGCAGCUGGCUUGAAGCGACUUUUGUUCUGCUCCAUCUCUCUGACCCGGACGCGCGCUCCCGUGCCAUUCAGGAGCACCUCUGCAGACACGCCGGUGUCAUCGGCAAUCACGAUUCUGCUAGCUUCAAGAAGCUCGCCACCGAUUUCAAGAUUCCAACCCAAUGGAUCUGGCACGCGAAGGCCCUGUUCAUGCGGAGCGUCAAGAAAGACCCGACCGCGGAAGUCCAGUGCCUACUGCGUGCAGAAUCGUGGGCUGAUGCGCACCGAACUUUCGUCAAGGAAGUUGCUCCCGUCGCCAUCAUUGAGCACAAUUAUGACUCUCUGGCCGAUGUUCUUCAGCAGUUCGAAGGCCGUCAUGGGCUUGUCCCUGACUGGAAUGUUGGCGGCGAAGUGUACAAAGCCUUCCUCCAACUCAUGGGUUGCCAGCGACGUGCAGAGCAGCCCCCGGCGAUGCUGGUCAAUGGAUUACUCGAAGGCCUACCUGCGAUGCAUGGCAAUACACCAGAAGCCGGCAUCAUUGAGUAUGCCGCUUUGACGGAAAUGGCGGCAGAGGUGGCAAAGAUGGUCGCCGGCAUGGCCAAGGCUGGAAAGAUGGAACACGAACGAAUUUUGAACCUUCCCCUGACAGAAGAUGUUCUUCUGAAACACUCGAGGGAUCUGGCAUGGUCCCACUACAUGGCCGUUGUGGCUGGUCAUUAG